AUGACUGAAGGACUAGUUGAUGAAGUUGCCAUUCCUCCGUAUUACAACAACACCGUCAGAGAGCGCCGUUCCGCAACUCAGUUACAGGAAUGGACGGUUGAGACGGCGGUCGUAGCUGAUCAUACAGUAGAAGAGUAUCACGGAAACGACACGGUCACCUAUCUUCUCUGUGUGAUGAACAUGGUGAGACAGUUGUAUCGUCAUCCCAGCAUUGGACGUGCAAUAAACGUUGUUGUUGUCAAGUUGGUUUUGUUGGAUAAAAACCAGACAGCGGAGGCCGGUCUGCUCGGGAAACAAAUUGGAGGUCGAAAGUUAGAAAACUUUUGUCACUGGCAGGAAAACUUGGACGGAACGGUCGGUCAAGUUAAGUAUGACAACGCAGUACUAGUUACAAGAGAGAAGGUGUGUGGUGAUAUCGCGACGCUGAUGAGAGACGAAUGCUCUCUCCUCGGCAUUGCAAACAUGAGAGGUAUGUGUAACAAAACAAGAAGAUGCAGCUUAAACAAAGACAACGGUCUUGCCGUCGCGUUCACUAUUGCUCAUGAAAUGGGGCACAAUUUGGGAAUGCGGCACGACGGAGACAGCGAUAACCUCUGUAAACCAAAGAAGGGGCUGGCCAUGCUGAUGGCUCCCAAUCUCAAUAACGAGUCUUCACCGUUUGAGUGGUCCAGCUGCAGCAGAGAGUACCUGACAACAUUCAUAGAAAGUCCGUUGUCGCACUGUUUGGAAAGAAACGACUCCAUGUAUUCCGGCCUGACUCUCCCCACUGCCUUGCCACUUAAGUUUGCUGAUCCGGAUCGACAGUGUCAGGCGUCGUUUGGUAAAGACUUUGUUGCUUGCCAGUUGACGAUUUGUCAUUCGGGUAAGUGUGUAUCACUCCAAGGAUUGCCACGCGAUCAAGACGGCGGUUGGAGCAGCUGGAAAGACGUCCUCGGAUGCAGUCGAACGUGCGGAGGAGGAAUUCAGAUGUCAGAACGUCUAUGCGACAACCCUCCACCGAGCGGUCGCGGACGGUACUGUAGGGGUGAGCGCAAGAGAUUUCGGACGUGCAUGACGGCGCUCUGCCCGGUGGGAUCGCGCGACUUCCGCGACGACCAGUGCCAGUCGUUUAACGGCAAGGAAGAGUCGAACGACGGCUUUCGAUACAGCAGUCCAAAUAUCACGUGGAAUGCAGUCUACGAGUUAGACGCAAAUGGUCGCGGAAGGUGCGAUCUCACGUGCUACUCUGAGGGUAAGAAGAAACUCUGGAAGAUCGGUGGUAACGUGAUCGACGGAACUCGCUGUAUUCCGGGGUCGCCGGAUUAUUGUAUUGGAGGGAAGUGCGCGCACGUUGGGUGCGACCACACGUUCGAUUCGACGAUGAAGGAGGACGCGUGCAGGGUGUGUAAGGGGGAUAAUUCGACGUGUCGAGUGGCUACCGGGAGUGUAGAGGUUGAAGCACGGAAUGAAGCGAGACGUCAGUUACAAGAUAUAGUCGUAAUCCCUAAAGGGUCCGUCCACAUCCGUGUCACUGAAACAACGCCAUCAUUCAGUCUACUAGCACUAAGUGACAUCAAAUCGCGCUACUUCAUCAACACCAAGUUCGGUCGCCCGGCGAUGAGUAAGGACUACAGGAUUGCUGGAACGAUUUUUUUCUAUACCGAUUCGCUCGGUUUGGAAUCGUUGUACACACUCGGUCCGACCGACCAAGACUUAGUCGUGAAGGGAAUUGUUCGCAAUCGCGAGUCAAUGAAUGUAACGUACACAUUCAACUAUCCAAGUAGUAGAUAUGAAUGGAAUAUCAAGAACUGGACGUUGUGCUCGAUGAAGUGCGGUGUCGUAGGUUUGCAGCGAGCCACGCUUGAGUGUCGGAGGAGAGACGACCAUUCGGUUGUCGACGGUUCGUUGUGCAGCGGACAGCGGGAUCCGGUGGCGAGGGAGCGAUUUUGCAACACGCAAAAGUGCAGCAGUGACUGGUUUACGAUGCCGUGGGGAAAGUGCAAUAGGACUUGCGGUCGCGGGUAUCAGCAUCGGAGAGUGUCUUGCUUUCUGUGGAGGUCGGGACCGAGUACGUAUACUAAGAUGCACGACAGCGCCUGUGAAGGACCGAAGCCGAGUGACAGGAAGCGUUGUAAACUCGAGAAGUGUCAAGUGAAGUGGGAGAUUGGGAACUGGACCAAGUGCAACUCGACGUGCGGCAACGGAACGAAAUCGAGGACGGUCAAAUGUAUCGAAUUUAGCGACGACUUCAAGUCUGCUGUCUCCGACGACCAAUGCGUCGGUCUGCGACGAGACAAACCGCGAACGACCUCCGAUUGCUACAGCAAAGUAUCAUGCCGCAAGCCGGUACCACAAUGGAAGACCGGCAGUUGGUCAGAGUGUUCGGUCACGUGCGGGCAAGGACAGAGGAAUCGCGAGGUCACGUGUCACUUCAGUACCGGUAAACCUUCGAGUGAGUGUGCGGGAGAGAGGCCGCCCGACAAGAUGGCCUGCCAUCUACUAUCGUGCCGAGGAGACUGCGACGACGACGAUACCGUGUGUACGGUUAUGGAUGACUCGAGUGUCGGCACGUGGUGCCAAUUCGGUGUCAUUCGCAAGUACUGCACGUGCUCUUGCGCUCACAUACCGCUCGAAAAUCAUCACCAGGCGACCAACCUAGACUCGACAUUGUUGGCGACUCUGCUAGGCCAGAGAAGAUAGUGAAUGACAUACGCGCGUCUAUUACAUCUCUAGAGGCAAGCGACUACACAUGGACACUCUUGAUAAGAAGACUUGGAGGUUGGGAAAGCGUUAGGACGUAUUAUUAAUUAAUUGCGAUUCAAACCCGUAAUCUAAUUUUGGUAUUGACGAGCCGCUUUGCGUAAAUGCCAUUGUUUGCUGUUGUUAGGUGUUGUUUACUCUUUUAUAUACCGACUAAAGCUCCGACAUCUGGGAACUAGUACGUUGUUAUUAUUAAUUAAUAAAAUAUAUGU